AACUUUUCCUCCUUGGUGUGCUAAAGCCGAUGUAUGAAAAACAGUGCUUUUUCUGAUGUUUGCUGCUUGAUCAGAAUAACAAAACUUUAUCUGUGUCGUAGUGCAAAAUGAUGCUGUAAAAAGAGAUAUUGUGUUCCUGCUGGAUGGCUCUGAUAACACCAGAGAUGGAUUUGCAGACAUAAAGCGCUUUGUCAAAAACAUAGUGGAACGCCUCCAUGUUGACGAGAGCCUUGACAGAGUCUCUGUGGCUCAGUUUGCUGAUAGCACCAAAGUAAACUUCUAUCUAAAUUCCCACAAGACAAAAAACGACAACUUGAAUGCUAUUGAUAACUUAACGCACAAAGGUGGGAGGCGGCUUAAUGUUGGAGCGGCUCUCCAGUUUGUGAGGCACAGGGUCUUCACGUCCUCCACGGGCAGCAGAAGACUAGAAGGAGUGCCUCAGAUUUUAAUCAUUCUAACAAGUAAAGCAUCUACAGACAGUGUGAAAGGACCAGCGUUUGCUCUUCAAGAACAUGAAAUUGUGGCAGUCGGGGUUGGAGUGGGAGAUGCUAACCUUGCAGAUUUGGAAAUGAUUGCAUUUGAACCCGGCUUCAUAUACAAGGUCCCUGACUUCUCCCAAUUAAACACGGUCCAAAAACACGUUCUUGCUGCACUGAACAUACACAAAGACAAUCAGGAAACCAAGAAUGGAAUCUCAGAUUUAGUAGUUGAACUAGAGUCUCCUCAAAGAGACAUUGUGUUUCUGUUGGACGGAUCAGAUGGCACACUGAGUGGCUUCCCAGCAAUGAAAACCUUUGUCCAACAAGUAGUAGAAACUCUCAGUGUUGGUGAAACCAAAGACCGUGUUUCUGUGGUUCAGUACAGCCGAGAUCCAGAGACACAUUUCAGUCUGAACACCCACACGGAUAAACAAGCCGUUCUUAAUGCAGUCCGACAGCUGGACCAUAAAGGGGGCCAGCCACGAAACACUGGUGCAGCUCUCGACCAUGUGAGGAGGAACGCUUUUGCAGAGUCCUCAGGAAGUCGGCAUAUGGAGGGUGUCCCUCAGAUACUGAUCCUGUUGACCGCAGGAAGAUCUCAAGAUGAUGUUACAAGAGCUGCUGCUGAUCUAAAAGAGGAAAAAGUUGUUCCCUUCUGUGUUGGAACCAAAACUGCUGACAUAUUAGAGCUCCAAACGAUUGCACAUAAUCCUUCCUAUGCCUUCUCGGUCCUUUCAUUUGAUGACAUUGGAAGCAUUCAUCAACAGCUUGUGUCACUGGUGAAAAGAGUGCCACGGCAACAGCUCAGAGAAAAAGCACUGAGUGGUAUAGGUCAAACGCAACAAAGAGACUUCAUGCAACGAGAUAUUGUGUUUUUACUGGAUUCUACUGAUGAAAUGUUGAGUGACUUCACACAAGUGCUUGGCUUUGUUGAGCAGAUGGUGGAGAAACUCAACGUGGACGAGGGGAAAGAUCAAGUUUCUGUGGUUCAGUACAGCAACGAACCUUCUGUUGAGUUUCUCCUGAACACGCACAAAACACAACAGACAGUUGGUGACAGUUUAAAACGCCUGAGAAAUAAAGGUGGCAGCAGUCGCAAUACAGGUGCAGCUCUGAAUUACGUCAAGCAAAACGUUUUCACAGCUUCCUCUGGAAGUAGGCGCCAACAAGGAGUCCCCCAGUACCUGGUUCUUCUAACCAGUGGUCGGUCCAGUGACGAUGUCAGAAAUGCUGUGGAAAACUUGAAAAGCAUUGGUGUGACGUUGUUUGUGGUGGGAAUAAAAAAUGCAGACAUCCUUGAGAUGCAGUCCAUUUCCCAGGAAGCCAGUCAUGUUUUCCUUGCAACGGAAUCCACGUCUGACAUGUCAGACAUUGAACAACAAAUUCUUUCAUCCACUGAGAAGAGUGGGAAGUAUGUUCCCAAAACAGCUUCCUUUGAUCCCAGCAGCAGGGAUGUUGUGUUUUUGAUUGAUGGUUCGGAUGAUUCCCAGCGAAGAUUCCCUGACAUUAUAGAUUUUGUUCAGAGAAUAGUGACAGGCCUAAGCAUUGGCAUCAACACAGACCGCGUGGCCGUGGUCCAGUAUAGCAACACAGCCGAGAUUGAUUUCAACCUGAGUCGCUACGUGACAGAGAGUGACGUUGUGGAAGCAGUGAACGGUCUGACUCACAAGGGAGGUUAUCCUAAAAACAUUGGAGCUGCUCUUCAGUAUGUCAGAGAAUAUGCAUUCACUCCAGAGUCUGGAAGUAGGAUCCAGCAGGGCACUCCACAGAUACUAAUCCUGCUGAGUGGUGGCAGAUCUGGGGAUGACAUAAGAACCUCAGUCAGAAUGCUGAAGGAAAUGGGAGUAACCAUAGUAGCCAUCGGGACAAGUGAUGCAGACACCUUAGAGCUACAGACAAUAUCUCAUGAACCCAAAUAUGCUCUCUCUGUUACCGACUACGAAGAACUUUCCACUGUCAAGCAGGAUGUGUUGUCUUUGUUGAGAGAGACUUCGCAUCAUGUUGCGCAUUCAGUAGGUUUUGGUAAGCUCUGUCCUUCUCUUUACAACUCACUUUAAAAAGAAAUCUGCUGGGAACUUCAACUUGAGAAAACUCUGUUGCUUUUAAUAUGUACUUCUUGUCUUUGUUGCAGAUUCAAAGAAAAGCGAUGUAGUUUUUCUAAUUGAUGGAUCA